AGAGCCCCUGAAACAGGAACUUCAAUACUAGAAGAUGGCGGAGUAGCAACGCGGUGCUGUUCGUGUUCAGGCUGCCGGCUGACUUCGAGACCAGACUCCGCAGCUCCGGUGACCUCCGAGAAAAGAGUGCGUUUGUGCAGUUGCCCAAGAUGCCGAACAUCAAAAUCUUCAGCGGGAGCUCCCACCAGGACUUAUCCCAGAAAGUUGCCGACCGCCUGGGCCUGGAGCUAGGCAAGGUGGUGACUAAGAAGUUCAGCAACCAGGAGACCUGCGUGGAAAUUGGAGAGAGUGUACGUGGAGAAGAUGUCUACAUUGUUCAGAGUGGGUGUGGUGAGAUAAAUGACAAUCUAAUGGAGCUUUUGAUCAUGAUUAAUGCUUGCAAGAUUGCUUCAGCCAGCCGGGUGACUGCAGUCAUCCCAUGCUUCCCUUAUGCCCGCCAGGAUAAGAAGGAUAAGAGCCGGGCUCCCAUCUCAGCUAAACUUGUUGCAAAUAUGCUCUCUGUGGCAGGAGCAGAUCAUAUUAUCACCAUGGAUCUACAUGCAUCUCAAAUCCAGGGCUUCUUUGAUAUCCCAGUGGACAAUUUAUAUGCAGAGCCCGCUGUCUUAAAGUGGAUAAAGGAGAAUAUAUCUGAAUGGAGAAAUUGUACCAUUGUCUCACCUGACGCUGGUGGAGCCAAGAGAGUCACCUCCAUUGCAGACCGAUUGAAUGUGGAUUUUGCCUUGAUUCACAAGGAACGGAAGAAGGCCAAUGAAGUGGACCGCAUGGUGCUAGUCGGAGAUGUGAAGGGCCGGGUGGCCAUCCUGGUGGAUGACAUGGCUGAUACUUGUGGUACCAUCUGCCAUGCUGCUGACAAGCUUCUCUCCGCUGGAGCUACCAGAGUUUAUGCCAUCUUGACGCAUGGAAUCUUUUCUGGCCCAGCCAUUUCCCGUAUCAACAACGCAUGUUUUGAAGCAGUAGUAGUCACCAACACCAUACCCCAGGAGGAUAAGAUGAAACACUGCUCCAAAAUACAGGUGAUUGAUAUCUCCAUGAUCCUUGCAGAAGCUAUCAGGAGAACCCACAAUGGAGAGUCUGUCUCCUACCUGUUCAGCCAUGUUCCUUUGUAAUAGAAUAAAUUCUGAAGCAUUUUGAAAAUAAAA